AUGGGAAUGCUGAUGACGGCCUGUGACGUUAGCGCCAUCGCCAAGCCGUGGGAGAUUCAGCAUCGGGUGGCCAAGCAGGUGGCCGACGAGUUCUUCUAUCAGGGCGACCUGGAGCGGACCAAGCUGAACGAGCAGCCCAGCGCCAUGAUGGACCGGGAGCGAAGGGACGAACUGCCCAAAAUGCAAAUGGAGUUUAUCAACUUGAUUUGUAUACCUCUAUACAAGGCGCUCUCCGAGGCGUUCCCCUGGAUGCGGCCCAUGUACGAGGGCUGCCUGCGGAACCUGCAGCAUUGGCAACACCUGGCCGAUCAGGUCGACAUGGGGCUGACCUGGAUCGACCGCGACUCCAUCGAAGAACCGGUGGAAACAUCUCAUGACAUCUCAGUUGAUCGCAUUACACUUCAAGGCAAGGCCCAGGAGUCACCAAACCAUCCAGAAGUCACGAAUCAAGGCCUGGAUGUCAAGAGAAUGCACUGGAGCAGCGGCCAGCUGGCGUCGCCGACACUCUCCAGCAUCGGCCGCCCCAGGGACGACGCCGAGGUCGGCAGAGACGCUGCCCUCGGCCGCCGCUGCUCAGAGCCGGUCGGCGUGGGGCCGGCGGUGGCACCCCCGACCCGCGCGCGACGCUUCGGUCGCAGCAUCCGGCGCUACGACCGCGAGACCAGGCUCUGCGCCAUCUCGUGAGCGCGGCAUGAAGCUCGCGGCCGGCGGCCGAGCCUUUCGGCCACGCCGAGGAGUCGUGUCUCGUCAUGGAAUGCCGUCGAAGCUCUCCGAGCCGGAUGGAGGACAGGACUCGGGCAGGUGUGAAUGACGAGAGCUGUCCGCCAACUAUAUGGACUUUUGGUAUAUGUGCUGGAGGGGGACAAGGACAGCUUCGCCUACCGGCUAUAUGUGCUGUACACCGCGUAUGUUUCUUCCCACGCGUACUUCUCGUGAAGUCAACGAAGACAUUCGAACACACCGUCUGUUCGGAGAACGCCCUCCGCCGCUUGGAAACGUGCUGCAUGACAAGUCUAGCCAUGCAUUCUAUUCUUUAGAGGACGUCACUCAAUGUCAGAUCAAACGGAAGCUUAUAAGCUCCUCAUGGCAUAGGUUGUUUUUGUUGCUUUAAUACGGAGUAGCUCGCCGUUAUGGUUGCUGGAGAGAAGAGUGCCGGUAGCGUAGCGGUUAGGCUGCGUGUCUCAGAGAACAGGGACACGCGGUUCGAUCCCCCGCAGUGCCCGGCCCUCACACAUUAUCAGGGCGAGCGGCGGGCGACGCCAUGUAGCCUCUGCAGCUGAGUGCACCGCACAGGUGGUGGCCGCUGGCGGAGUACAGGUGGUGGCCGCUGGCGGAGUACAGGUGGUGGCCGCUGGAGGAUCCCUACGACCGCGCCCGCUCAGUCGGCACUAGUUAUGGCACGUUGUCGAGACACGCCACACCACAGACAGACCGUCAGCGCACGAGAGGCACGGACUCGCCACGCCAUGCCUCACCAAGCAAUCAUCCAUUCAGGUUUGGGUCAACGUACUUUCCUUUUUCAAAGUAACUGCAUGUAAUUUAAAUGCAUUUCAUUUGCACACAAAGCUGACAAAUCAACGCCAACGCUAACAGAUGUCAAUGCUUUUAGCUAGUCCGCAAUCAGCUGGAUAGCGGCAUUCCUCGCCUGCUGCGGACCACCAGCACGCUCCACUGCCCCGAUGCGCACAGACGGCUGGGGCGUUCCCAUUGUCAUGUCACGGGGAGAGGAAACAUUGUACGGCGCGAUGUCCCCAACAAUCGCAUCGCCAGACGCGCAAGUCUUACCUGCGCACAAACCGAUAAUUUGGCAGCCACCCCCUCCAUUUGGGGAUCAAAGAAACUAGUCACAGAGCGAAAACCCGUAGACAGCACUACUGGCCAGUGGCCACCUACGUGGCCACUGGAAUUUGCGUCCAUACAUGUUACCUGGAAGGCUGCGAGUGAAAGAACCUCCCGGGAACCGGUCGUUAAAUGUGUUAUCUGUGUGAGUUUCUCCGUGCCUGUAACCACCUUGUCAAAGUCAUGCGCCGUCUCGGGAUCAGCGCAGCCACAUCCGGCCAAUGCCGCGAGUGCAGGCGUCGCUUGACACACGACCCACCGCGUCGGACGUCGUUAUGUACAUGUUGAACCUGAUAGC